GAUGUUCCAACAGAAUUUAGGCAGCUGCUAGUAGAGGUUAUAACAGAGAGCAUUUACAGGCUAAUAGCUCAGACAAAAGAGAUGAUCAUGCUAAUUUUCUUCUUUGUCUUGCUGUGGGAUGAGGCUCAAAGUUGGGGAUUCAAGGAUGGAGUACUGCGUAACUCUAUUUGGUUAGAGCGAGCAGCUGGAGUGUACCACAGGGAGUCACGGGCUGGAAAAUAUCAGCUCACCUAUGCAGAAGCUAAAACAGUGUGUGAAUAUGAAGGAGGACAGCUAGCCACAUACCAGCAAAUGGAGGCAGCAAGGAAAAUAGGUUUCCAUUUGUGUGCCGCUGGCUGGAUGGCUAAGGGCAGAGUUGGUUAUCCGAUUGUGAAAGCUAGACCCAACUGUGGCUUUGGAAAGACUGGCAUUGUUGAUUAUGGGAUUCGCCUUAACAGAAGUGAGAGAUGGGAUGCCUACUGUUACAACCCCCAUGCAAAAGAAUGUGGUGGAAUUUUCACAGGUGCAAAACACAUUUUUAAGUCACCAGGCUACCCAAACGAGUAUGAAAAUGAACAAAUAUGCUACUGGCAUAUUAGACUGAAGUAUGGGCAACGGAUUCAUCUACAGUUCCUGGAUUUUGAUGUUGAAGAUGACACUGCAUGCAUGGCUGAUUUCUUAGAAGUUUAUGAUAGCUAUGAUGAUGUCACUGGCUUUGUGGGCAGGUACUGUGGAGAUGAACUUCCAGAUGAUAUAAUUAGCACAGGAAAUCUCAUGACCAUAAAGUUUUUGUCAGAUGCCUCAGUGACAGCAGGUGGUUUUCAAAUUAAAUAUAUUGCUAUAGACCCACCUUCAAAACCUAAUGAUGAGAAAAACGCAACUUCCCAAGGAAACACAAACUUCUUGGCUGGAAAAUUUGGCAUUAUGUGAAGAGACAGAUCAAAAUAACAGAAAAUGCAGUUGGAAUAUACAGCUAUUAGAUACAAAUACUAUUUUAGAUACCUGUUUGGUCCAAUAAGUUAUAGCUGCUGUAUUUGGGGUAGCAGCAGCCACAGUCAUUUCAUCUUAUCCUUAUGACUUUUAUACUUUCUGCUUUAUGUAACUUUUCUUAAUAAAGAAUUCUGGGAAACAAAUUAGAAAACGGUACUUAAAUGACAGGCAAUUAUUGUCUAGAUCACAAGAAGUCAGUGAAACUAAGAACAUAAGAAUGGACAUACUGGGUCUAAAAUAUAGUCUAAAAUCCUGGCUUUCGACAGUGGCCAAUGCUGUGUGCUGCAGAGAAAUGAACAGAACAGGCAGUCUUCAGGCAAUCCAUCCUCUGUUGUCCACUCCCAACUUCUGUCAAACAGAGGCUAGUGGACACUCAGCACAUGGGGUUGCAUCCCUGACCAUCUUGACCAAUAGUCAAUGAUGGACCUAUCCUUCAUGAACUUAUCUGAACUAAACUGAAGGGGUCACUGUCACCAUAGAUUUCCCAACUAAUCGUUUUUCUAGACUGCCUGCUGUUUUCUCUCACUCUUUGCUCCAUUUCAGCUGAGUUUUGAGGACCUGAUAUGUCAAUCCUUCUCCCCUCACUUACCUUCAUUCCUAUAUAUUUAUUGAGUUUAAAUUAUCCUUUCCAUACUCUUGCUUACUUUCUUGCUGCACUCUCCCACUGUUUUUAAGCUAACCCACUUCCAAUGUCUUUAGAAUAAGUCUUGUUUCAUGAUAGCUUAUGUCAAACUACAAAUUUAUCUUGAGAGUUGGCCUGUGAUAUAUCCCAGACAAACUCAUAUGUAAUGAGCUUUCCCAUAUGUAAUGGGCUUCUAGAGCCAGAAGAUACUGAAGCAGCACGAAAAGCACUGGGUCUAUAAUUGUAUUGUUCUUGUGAUUGUAUUGUAUUCUGGAUAAUAAAUUAUUUAACAGAUUUAUAAGGAGUUUAUCUUCCAUAUCCAGUGCAGAGUUAUUCAAGCCUUUUCUAUUCUAAACCACACUUAUUAAAGGGCAAAAAGAUGAAAGAUUCUUUGAUAAUGAGAAACUGACAAAAAGGAAUUGUCCAACAACUAUCAGCAACCCCUUUUUUAACCUGUCAACAGACUACAUCUUGUUCAUACCAGUUCUAAGAUUGCAUUAUGCUGAAUUGAUAGACAUGUAUCCUUUCUCAAUAUCAGUUUACACCUGUCUGUUAAGCUCCUGACCACAAAAUGUCAUUAAAUCUACCU